AUGGCCACUGAUGCCGCCGGAGAUUCCACGUUGCAAGGCGUUCGAGCAACGGCUGGGUACCUGGGACACAUCGAGCCGUUCGAUCCGAGCACGCCAGACGCCUGGGACUGCUACUUGGAACGCAUGAAUCUCUACUUCGAAGCAAAUGGAAUCAUGGAGGAAAGUCGUAGGAGGUCUGUCUUUUUAACCCUGUGUGGACCUGAGACUUACGCCCUGGCUCGAUCUCUGCUGCUGCCACGGAAAGUGUCGGAAUGCUCAUACAGCGAGGUGCACAAGUCACUUACAGAGCAUUUCGCCCCGCAACCCUCGGAGAUCCUUCGACGAUUUCAUUUUCACAAGAGAGAUCAGCGCGAAGGGGAGAGCAUAACGAAAUACAUGGCCGAAAUCCGAAGACUCAGUGGGUUCUGUAAAUUCACGGAUUUGGAUGAUAUGCUUCGAGAUCGUCUGGUCUGCGGCAUCAGGGAUCAGGCGACCCAGAAGCGUUUAUCCGCAUAUCCUCGUUUGACACUGAAGUCUGCUUUGGAGUUAGCCCUAGCUGCAGAGGCGGCUAACAAGAACGUUUCCGAGAUCAAGGAAUCUACGAGAGACAUCAACUACACUUCGAGUCAUCCGAAGACUAAAGCAAGCAAGCAGCAGAAGUCCAGAUUGCAAUUUCCCAACAGGACAAGGAACACCUGUAUUCGCUGUGGACAGUGCCAUGGAGGCCAGAGCUGUCGUUUCAAAGAUGCAACCUGCAACUUCUGCAAGAAGAAAGGACACUUGGAGCACGUAUGUUUCAAGAAGGCUGCUACGAGAGCUUCACCACAAGGACCGGUGCAUCAUCUGCAGGAAGAGAUGCCUGAGAAUGACAGUAUGUAUCACUUAGGUCCGCUACGGUCACCCAGAAACGGGGAACCGAUUAAGGUGGACGUUGUACUUGACGGAGCUUCAGUAACCAUGGAGGUGGAUUCUGGAGCUGGGCCGUCGAUUCACAGCGAGUUCACGUACAGAAGACUAUGGAGCCAACCUCCUAGGCUGCAGCCAUCAUCGACGAUUCUGCGGACGUGGGCUCAUCAGCAGGUGCCUAUCUUGGGGUCACUCGACGUCGAUGUACAGUUCAAGAACGUGAAGACUCGACAGUCGAUUCUAGUAGCACCUGGUGAUGGACCUUGUUUGCUGGGGCAUUCAUGGUUCAAGGAUUUAGGCAUUCAGGUCCAGGGAGUUCACGCCGUCACCGGCGAGAGACGGGCAUGGUUGAGCAACCCAGUGUUUGGUGAACGACUAGGGAAGUUUACAGGACCACCAGUUUCUGUUGACAUCGAAAAGGACGCAACGCCAGUGUUCAGGAAAUGUCGUCCGAUUCCUUUCGCAAUGAGGGACAAGGUGGCCACUGCCACCCAAAAGAUGGUCUCUGAAGGAAUACUGGAGCCUAUAGCAUUUUCGAGGUGGGCCACACCGAUAGUUCCCGUGCACAAGCGUGACGGUACUUUGCGAAUAUGUGGAGACUACAGGUGUACGGUGAACACCGUCAGUCACCCAGACAAGUACCCGUUACCAACGGCAACGGAGAUGGCAAAUGGCGCGGUUUUCAGUAAGCUCGACCUCGCACAGGCGUACCUGCAGUUGCCAGUUGAUGAAGAAUCAUCGAAGCUCUUGACGCGGAACACACCAUUGGGCCUUUUCAAAGUAAAGCGCUUACCAUUCGGUGUGUCAGCCGCGCCUGGAAUUUUUCAACGUUUUAUUGAGACGUUACUGCGAGACAUACCAGGUGUUGCGGUAUACCUGGAUGACAUCAUCAUCACCGGAAGGUGUGUUAAAGAACAUGACCAGAGAGUUCAGGCGGUGUUGGAACGUUUACAACAUUCAGGGCUGCAACUCAACGGCAAGAAGUGCUUGUUUGCCGUGCCUUCCAUGGACUUCUUAGGGUUCAAUAUCAGCGCCGCAGGGAUACGUCCAUGCGCCGACAAGGUAAAGGCUAUUCACGACGCAAGAGAACCGAGGGACAAGAAAGAGCUCCAAGCAUUUCUUGGCCUAGUUAACUUUUACGAGCGUUUUAUAGCGAACAAAGCAACACUACUUGAACCCUUACACCGACUGCUGGACAAGAAUGCCAAGUGGAAGUGCACAAAGGCGCACACAGCAAGUUUCGAAAAGAUCAAGAAUGCUCUGAGUUCGGAACUUCUCCUCUGCCACUUUGACUUAACGAAGGACUUAGUUCUUGUUUGUGACGCAUCCCCGUACGGUGUAGGCGCAGUGGUGUCACAUGUCAACGACGCUGGAUUGGAAGUACUGAUCGCGUUUGCUUCACGAACACUGCACGAGAGUGAGCGGAACUACGCCCAGAUUGACAGAGAAUCGUUGGCAAUUAUUUUUGGGGUCACAAAGUUCAGACAGUACCUCUACGGACGGGAAUUUGUAGUCUAUACGGACCACAAGCCAUUACUUGGGAUUUUUCACCCACAUCGGCAGAUGCAGCAAAUUCUUUCACCGCGAAUGCUUCGCUGGACACUGACAUUGGGAGCGUACAACUACGAGCUUCGUUACAGGAAGGGAGCUGACAUGGGCAACGCAGAUGCCUUGAGUCGACUGCCCCUACAUGUCCAGACUGAAGACCCUGAGGAUCCUAAUCCUCCCGAAGUCUUCCUGAUUGAAGAAGUGCCACAAGCGGAUAUUCAUGCAAGGAAUAUCGCGACAGAGACAGAAAAGGACUCGUUGCUGUCUCGGAUACGACAAUGGGCUCUAGGCGGUUGGCCAAAGUCAGCACCCGGAGAGCAGGAUGCCAAGCAAUACUGGACACAUCGCUCAGAGAUAUCCAUACAGAGCGGAUGCCUACUUUGGGGCAUGAGAGUAAUCAUCCCUCAGAGUCUUCGACGGGAGAUUCUCACGACUCUACAUGCAGGACAUGCUGGUAUCGUCCGUACAAAGACACUAGCAAGAAGCUUUGUAUGGUGGCCUGGUAUUGACGCAGAUAUUGAGGCCAUGGUGAGCCGAUGUACAAUAUGUCAGAUGACACGAAACAUGCCACCAAAGGACGUGACCCAUCCGUGGAUACCACCACAAAAGCCAUGGACAAGACUUCACAUGGACUAUGCGGGACCUUCCAGGGCCAGACCUUCCUUGUCCUGGUGGUCGCCUUUUCAAGAUGGCUGA